CCACCACACCCGCGCGCGACUAUAGCAUCCAACAAUUGCAUCCGCAAUGGCUCUGGCAACAUGGUAAUCAGAAAUGUCCGAACAAGCAUUGCCGCAGUCACGCGUGGUGCGCCGCCGAAAUCCACGCCCCAUCAAUUCCUGCGUUGAAUGCCGCACGCGCAAAAGUCGAUGCUCCAAAACACACCCUUGUCAGAACUGCACCGCCUUUGGAAGAGAAUGUGUCUUUAUCACGGUCCCAGAGAGCGCCGCGCGCAAGAAGCAGAGGGAGAGGGAACAUGCCAGUAAAAGCAGCGCAGAGUGGACCCAGCCGAUCCCGCUGCGCACGCACAGCUCGAGCACAGUCCAGCCCGAAAAGUAUGAAUCUAUGUAUGAGCAAGAUAAGGCUUUGAGCACGACCACGCCGGGAACGCCACCUAGAGAUUACGAAUGGGAGGCGUAUCAGCAAAGUGUGCAGGUUGAUCAAUCUGAAGGUGCGGCGUGGGAGCAGCUGCCUGCCGAGCCGGAAGAGACGCCCGACGAUGUGUACGAAGAUGAAGACGACGAUGAGAUGGAGGUCGCGACUGAUCUUACUAUCCGGAUUGGAAGAAUGAUCAUCUGUGAAAAUAUCACUGGCUUCUUCAGACCGCAGUAUGCGGAAGAGCUUGGAAAGCUUCUGUCAGACCACCCUCCUUCAACGUCUUCAGUGGCGGGGCAGAGAGCAUCACAAGCCUCAGCAUUGUUAUCGGCAGAACACAUGCCAUCCCUCUCACCUUCGCUCAAUCUGCUCCUAGGUGGGUCAAUAUCUAACUCUUCCAACAACGACAUCGAACCGCCGCUGCUUCCAUCAAGAAUGGAAGCCGAAGCACUUCUCAACCGGUACAUAGAGGCUGUCAGUCCUCUUGCCCACGUGCUGCACAUACCAUUUUGCAAACGUCUUUUUGAACGCUUCUGGAUGAACAUCGAGAUUGGGAAUACAAACCCGAAUUCGUGUACGGCGCUAAUGCUAGCUGUGUGCAUGGCUGCCGCUGCAUCUGUCUCUCCGCUUCAAGCAAAGUCGCAAUUUGGCAUCUCGAAAGAAGAUCUGUUCUUGAGGCUACAAAAAGCGACCGAACGAGCACUCCUCCGCGCCAACUGGGCAAAGACCUCCAACAUCCGGACACUCCAAGCAUUGACCAUAUAUCUCAUACCUCUGUGCAGGGCACAAAUCUCCCGCGCCACGUCCGUAGUCGUAGGUGCCCUCGUCCGGCUGGCCCAGUGCAUCGGCAUCCACCGCCUGUCGCAUUCCUCAGCGCACACCCUCACCCCGCUCCAACGCCACGUCCGCUCCCUCCUCUGGUACCAAAUCUGCUUCCUGGACUUCAAAACCGCCGAAGCGCAAGGCCCGCACCCCUCGAUCCGAUCUGACGACUUCGACUGCCCCCUCCCCCUCAACGUGGACGACGACGUCUUCGAAUUUGGCUCGCCAAAAUGGCAGCACAACCCCACGCCCGUGCAAGGCUGGACCGACGCCACCCUCUCCCUCAUCCGCUACGAAUGCAACGAGAUCCAUCGCCUCAUCUUCCGCGGGCGCAUAGAGAUCGACCGCAAGGCAAUCACUCUGCACGACCUGCGCGCCCGCGUCGAGGCCAAGAAGCGCCACAUUCAGCAAAAAUACCUGCACCACCUCGACGCCUCGGUCCCCAUCCAGCGCUACGCCGGCCUCGUCGCUACCUGCCUCAUGGCCCGCUGCGACUCCAUGCUGCUGUACCGGCACCUGCCCCAGGCGUCGCCGCACCCGCGCUCCGACUCUGAAAACCGCCUCCGCGACGUCCUCCUCACCGCGGCUCUGACCACGCUCGAAAUCGGCGCCACCCUCGACACCCUCCCCUCCCUGUCCUCCUGGGCCUGGUACAGCACCACCUACCAGCAGUACCAUGCCGUGCUGCUGCUGCUGACCGAGCUGUACCGCACACCCGACCUCGACCGCAAAGACCGCAUGAUGACCAUCAUCGACCACAUCUUCGGGCACUGCUACGGCGUCGGCGUGCGCGAGCGCUGCGCCGACCUCCUCUGGACCGUCAAAGAGAACCUCGAGGCCUUCUACAUCAUGAAGGGCAUCCCCAAGAAGGCCGCCGCGCCCCCGCAGCAGCACCCCACGCUGCAGCCUCUUCCGCAGCUCACCCGCAGCCAGAGCAGCGUCGCAAGCCCCGACCUGGGUAUCGGGAUGACGGGCUUGCAGACGCCGAUGGACAACUUGAAUGUCGACUUUGAGUCGUUGCUGGGGAGUUUGAGCGCGCAGGGCGGCGCGGGCGUGGGCGAGAGCGAUCUGGAUGGAUUUCUGGCGGGCUUGCAGAGGGGCAGCGAUGCCAUUUUCAUGCCGGCCGACACGUCUGCUGCGCAGAAUGGCGCGCGCGAGUGGGAGGAGAGUGCGCAGCCGGGGUUGCAGCAGUGGGACAGUUGGACAUUCCCGAACCAGACGCAAAACAGGUGAUGAGGAUGAGGAUGUGGGCGAACACUUGCUUCAGCAUUUACAUGUACGGAAAUUGGGGAUUUUGCUGUACUAUACCACGGCUUGGCGGGAAUGGCUCUAUACCCAUCCUUGAGCAAUUGCUUCUCGAUGUUCAACAAAGGAGAUAGCUUCUUAAUUGCAGAUAAAAGCAACUUGAUGUGUCGCAUGCCUCGAAUGGUCCAACAACGCUACCUUUCCAAACCCAAAAACGCCGUGUACAACUUUGAGUUAUGCCUCCGCGCCAACGCCGUGCCUGCCAUGUUUCCCACACUACGCUGCAGUCGCUGACGCGCGAUUUCACCAUCCCAAACAAAACAGCCAAAUGUCAACAUGCCGAAAAUACAACAUCGACCCGAACGCCGUUUAUGCGUACCCAAAGAGAUCAAAGCGUGA